UUAACUAAUAAAUUUUGAAAUAAAUUAAAAUUAUUUAUAAGAUCAAAGCAUUUUGUAAUCAUUAUUAAAAUUAUAAUAUGUAUAAAUAUCAUUAAAACUUUAAGUGAUAUUUCUUGUGUAAUAAGAUAAAGUGUCAAAAUGAUAUUUAUUUAUGAAAAGUAACGAGUUAUUAUAAUUUGUAAUUAGGUGAACAUUUAAUCUGUUUAACUAUUGGAAAUGUGGACUCGACCGACCCCCUUCCUACGACUACAACUAUUCAAAGUCGAACCAAAAUAUCAGUGCUGAAGUCAAAGUCUUUCCUACACCCAAUAAAAAAAAAACUUAAAUUCCAAGUUAGAUUUUAGUUUUCUAACUUUUUUUCGUUUUACAAAGUUACUUUAACAUAUAUCAUAUUAUGUAAUCUACUUUAAUGUCUCAUAUUAAUUUUUCGUAAAGUAAAAACCGUGUAACAUAAGUCGACAGUUCUAUCAAAAUUUGAUAAUUAAAAAUGACUGAAAGAAUGCUAAAAGUACAAAAACAAACAAUGAAUUUUGUUGACGUAAAUGACGUGUAUAUAUAUAACUUGUACAUCACAAUUGUUAAGACAUUCUUCAUAAAAAAAAUAUCAAGCAGCUCUGGAAAAAAAGAUCAAGUAGCUUAUUUUCGUAAUCCUUACGAUGAGCCAUACAAACAGAGGAAGCUUGAUAUCGUCUCAAAAUCUUCAUCAUUCGGAAGAGAGAGUCCCUCUUCGAUCAGAGUCAGACCAGUCCUGUCUCAAUUCAAGUCCAGAGUUCGAUUUUUGCCUUCGUCAGAACUCGAAACAACGGUUUUCUCACGCCGAUGAGCUCUUCUCCAACUGGAAAAACCUCUCUCGCACUGCGUCUGCCAAGCCCUCCAAGAAGAACGAGAUUACUUCUACCGAAAGCAAGCUUAAAACCCUAGCUGUAAAAUCGGACACGAGAGACUCUGACUCAGAUGAUCCAAGUUUUGGGUGUGGUUUUUGGCUUGUCAGAAGCAAAUCUGUCGGCUACUCGAUGAGAAACAAGAAGACAAGUUCUUCUUCAGAAUAUCAUCGGAGCAAUAGUGAUCCACAGAAAAAGAAGAAGAAGAGUUUGCAGAAGAUGAAUUCUACAGAGAUUAGGGCUUCAAGAUCCAUGAAUAGUUCGGCUUUAAAUGUCCCAUUAGCUGAUAUGUUUUGCUUAGGUCCUAUUUUUUCCGGCAGCCAGGAUCGGAAAAUAUGAAGAAUACUUUUAGUAACCUCGGAUUCAUAAACUUGUGGAGAAGUCGCAUAUUCUUUUUCUAACCAUUAAUUAGAAAGUUAAUAGCGCUUGUAUUUGAAAUGAUUUUUUAUUGCUAAUAAACUUGGAGUAUGAAUGACUAAAUCGAAUCUUGAGGAAGAUCGUCAUACUUAUGCUUAGCUUCCAUUUUAUUCAA